GCUUCCGGUUUUAACCGGAUAUGGAGGAGUCAUUUGAGCGGACGCCAUGAAAAAAGACUUGAAACACCACCCAGUGGUUUGCCUGGACCAGCUCGUAUGUCUGAAGACUCAAGCAGCGAUGAAGAAUGGCAGCUGGAUGCACACCCGGUGGCGAAAUGUUGGGAGUGUGGCAAAAAGUUCAGCAAAAUAACUAGUUUGAUGUCUCACUACAAAAGCCACAACAUCAGAGCUACCUGCUACAUCUGCAAGGUCACAUUCCGACGCCUGACGUCACUAUCCAUGCACCUGGAUAAUGCACACUCCCCACCCCUUUGCAAAAAGUGCAAUCAGUCUUUCAGUAACGGGUGGGAGUUGAACAAGCAUGCAGAGACAUAUUGCAUGGGUUUUAAUCCAUUUCAAGGAACUCCCUCUUUGAUUUCAGCUAUCAUAUAUCAGAAUAAUGACAACUUUCCUAUUGACGCAACUGCACAGCAAAGCAUAAAGUCGGUGCUGCAUGACUCAGUGUCUGAGUUGAGGCCUCAACAAAGAAUGGCAAUGAAGCCUGAGAGAGCGGAGACAUCUAAAAACAGUGUAGAGUAUACAGUGGGUGAAGAUGAUAAUGAUAUUGACAUUGAAAGUGAUUGUGAGGAAGCAGAUGAUUCAGCAAGCACGGAAUCUGAUGACGAAGAUAAGACACGCUCUCAACCUGCAGACUUGUGUCCAGAUGAUCCCGAUUCAGAUGGGGGCUCAAGUUCAACUGGAUCUUCCAGUGAACCUUCUCACAGUCCGCACACUGAAACCGCCCCUGCAGCCCUGCCUACUGCCAAUAGUUCAAUAUGUGCUGCGUGUGGUAGAGGGCCGUUUCGGUCAAUGAAGCUUCAUUUGCUGCACUGUAGUGGUAUAAAGGUAAAAUAUCAGUGUUCAGUGUGCAAGAAGCUCUUUCUAACUGAAUUGUCUCUAAAGGAACACUACAUGCCUUUGUAUUCCUGUAAAAUCUGUGGCCAAGUUUUCCCAAACAAGAACUCGUACCAUCAUGAACAGUGUCCCGUGGGAACCAAAUCACCUCUGGUCCUCUUUUGUCCCGAGUCAAUGCCGCAAGCGUGCAGCAUAUGCAAAUCCUUUUUCACCACUGCCAAAAAUUUAUUAAUCCAUGUCACCAAAGUUCACACGUCAGUGGUCAGCACCAAGGUGUGCAUUAUUACCAAUCCAUCAGUGUUGACUGAUAAAAAGGUUUCACCAGGUUACAGUGGCACCGCAGCCCAUUCAGCCAACAGUAGUCCCAAUGUAGUCAACCAGGUCAUAAAUGCAAAACUCUGUGUUAGUCAGGCCCAUGCAGGGUCUCCGUCUAUCCCUUCCUUUCUCUCAACCUCCUCCCAUGAAGGCAGACCUCCGGCGACUUUAUACAAGGAGUCCACUGCUACACCUGUCAGAUUGGGGAAAGACGGUGCCUUCGGUCCAACCACUCAGCCUGUAAGCCGUCUUUCUGCACCUUUAAACGUCCCUCCUGGUGCCGCUGACAAAACUUCGGCCACUGUGGCCUGUGACCCCGUCACCCCAUCAAUGCCCACUAUUAUGGCUAUGUUUGAGAACGACAGCCAGGACAUCGCUUUGAUGAAACGUAUGAACACAAGAUGGCGCUCCAAGCCCCUUUACCCCUGCAGGCAGUGUGGUGCCAUCUUGCGGCAGCCCUCCCUCAUCAUCCGUCACCGCUACCUCCACCGAGGCUACCGCUCACACCAAUGCCAGUGCGGCCGAGCAUUUAAGCACCGGCUGCACCUGUUGCGUCAUUGCGUUCAGCACGCAGAGACCAUAAGCUACAUCUGUGUCAGCUGUGGGGAGACUUUCAUAGGAGCAACACUCUUAGCUGAGCACAUGAAGGGCAAGUCACGGAAGAAAUCACAUUCUGCAUGUACAUGGAAACGUAAAGUUAAGAGAAAGUGCAGAAUGCCCUUUACAUGUGCCUGUGGACAACUCUUUUUUAGGCCUUCAGCUUACAUAUGGCACCAACUUAAAAACAGGACAAAAACGAAACAGUUGAAGAUGCCCUUGGAAUGACAAAGCGGACACAAGCGCUGGUUUCUCCAUGGCUUUUAGGUACUCCAGCUUUGUGCACCACACUUUAAAACAAAGUGUUAGAAUAAAAGGGAUCUUUGACAUCUGAUUGUCACUGUUUUGUUUAUUUUUGUA